AUUAUUGUUUUUUCAUACAUAUGAGUUAAGCUAUAAAAUUGGUCAUAGUAGAUAGUAAAGUUUUACAAACAGUACAGUAUUAAAUAUUUAAAGCGCUAAUAAUUUGAAAUAAUUUUAAAUAUGAAUACUAAUAUACUAGCGAUAUAUUACUUUGCUUAUGGAUCGAAUAUGCUCGAUUGUAGGUUUAAACUUAAUGUACCUGGUGCUGAGGUAGUAGACAUUGGACGUUUAGAGAAUCAUAGGCUUGAUUUCUACGGAUAUGGAAAAUCCUGGAAUGGAUCAGAUGCAACAAUUGUUGAAGCUCGUGAUUCUCAAGUUUGGGGUGUGAUCUGGAGUAUGCCUAAAAAUAAAGUAGCCGAUUUGGAUCGAGAAGUCGUACACGUCGACUUAUACAAAGUGAUUGUGAUUGAAGUUACAAGUCUUAGCGGUAAAGUUUAUCAAUGCCGUAGCUAUAAAGCAGCUGAAGAUCCUAAGCUAGUUGUUAAGCUCGAUCAAUUACCAGACGAUCGAUUGCCUUCUUCAUUAUACAUGCAGGUUUUGAUAAAAGGCGCUCAAGAUCACCAUUUACCACAGGAUUAUAUAAAAUUUAUGAAAACUAUAAGACACAAUAAUAUUACUGAUGUCUACCCUGAAGGAUUCGAGACAUGUGACUUAACUGGUCAUUAGAUGUCCUUCCGAUUCCAAAAAUUAUUAGUAAUUUUAGACCAUUAAUUUUAUUUACGUAAAUGACAGCUCUGACUUUGUGAUUAAGUUUUAUAAAAAUUAGUGUUAAUGAUAAAUAGUAUUUGUAGUU